ACUUGGCAAUACCGCGUGUUCAUUAUUGCAUGGCAAUGCUUUUUUAUGCGCAACAUAUGCCAAACUUGUGCAUUGUUUUCAUUUGUGAUGCUUUAGUGGCAUUUCAUGGCGGCAAAAAGUAUACAAAAAACAAAAUAUAAAUUUGUGGUGAAAAUGGCGGAUUUAUGUGAAAAAAAGUGGACCCAUGACAGGAAGAAAUUACUUAUAGAAAUAAGAUUGAAGUACGAGCCAGAUUUCGGUGCAAAAAAAAAAAAAGAGGAACACACUUUGGGAGCAAAUAAUGCGGGAUGUGAAGGGAAUAGAUAACACAUUCCCAUUCUCCAAGGACGAAAGUACCAGAUGUUUUGUAAAUAUAAUGGGCACCUACAAACGUAUAAAAAAACGCAACAACACAUCUGGGGAAGGCGCAACAAAUUGGGAAUUUUUCCAAACAUUGGAUGAAGUUUUCGGCAGCCGCAGUAGUGUCCUUGUGCCUGAUGCCAUGCUGGAAUCUUCCCUUAAUUCCUUAAUGCAAGAUUUAAGUAAUGAUCCACCCGAUAGCCCUACGGUGCUGGACUUAGAUGCAACAUUACCUAGUACUAGCACUCCAAGAAAUAAACUAACAAGAAAAAUGAAUGUGUUAGAGUUUUUAAACAAGGAAUCGGAAGAAGAUGCCAAAGUUAUGAAGAAAUUGCUGGACACGGAGGCAGAGAAGCUAGCAGUGGAGAAAGAAAAAUUGGUCGAAUUGAAAGAAAUUCGUACACUGUUCCAGAAAAUACUCGACAAAUCUUAGAAUUCGAGUAUGUUUCAUAUUAAAUUUUAAGUGCAAUGAAUUGUUUUUUGUUUAUUUUUUUUCCUAUAAGUGCAAAAUGAACUGACUGUGAUUUUAUUUUUAUUUUUUCUUUAUUGGGUUUAAUAAAGUUA